UUUAGUUAGUGGCUAGAACUUUAGUUUUUUUUCCUUCAUCGAUAAUCUUAGUCUGCUCACAUCGACAACAACAAAAAAAACUUAAUUUUUUUUUAAACAUUUUUGUUUUGUUCGAUUCAAAAGUUAUCCACCAAAAAACCGAAGAAAAUGUCUACCAAAGAGAAUCCCUAUGAUGGCCAACUAUUAAAAAAUCUUGAUGUUGAUGGUAAACAAUAUCGUUAUUAUGAUUUACCAUCAUUAAAUCAUUCCGGUUAUGAAACAUUACCAUUUUCCAUUCGAGUAUUACUCGAAUCGGCUGUACGUUGUUGCGAUAAUUUUCAUAUUAAACGUAAUGAUGUUGAAAAAAUUUUAGAUUGGAAACAACAACAAUUUAAUAAAAUGGAAAUACCAUUUCGACCAAGUCGUGUUUUAUUACAAGAUUUAACCGGUGUUGCUGCUGUUGUUGAUUUUGCCGCCAUGCGUGAUGCAUUCCAACAACUAAAAGGUGAUCCAAAUGUUAUUAAUCCACUUUGUCCAGCUGAUUUAGUUAUUGAUCAUUCGGUUCAGGUGGAUUUUGCUCGAGUUGCCGGUUCAUUAACCAAAAAUGAAGAUCUAGAAUUUCAACGUAAUCGUGAACGUUUUGAAUUUUUAAAAUGGGGUGCAAAUUCUUUAAAAAAUACAAUGAUUAUACCACCUGGUUCGGGUAUUUGUCAUCAAGUUAAUUUGGAAUAUUUAGCACGCGUUGUAUUUAAUAGUGAUGGUCUACUUUAUCCGGAUAGUUUGGUUGGUUUGGAUAGUCAUACAACAAUGAUCAAUGGAUUAGGUGUUGUUGGUUGGGGUGUUGGUGGUAUUGAAGCUGAAGCAGUAAUGUUAGGUCAACCUAUUUGUAUGGUUUUACCUGAAGUUAUUGGUUAUAAAUUAACCGGGAAAUUACCAUCAUUUGCAACUUCAACUGAUGUUGUUCUAACGAUUACAAAAUGUCUUCGACAAGUUGGUGUUGUUGGAAAAUUUGUUGAAUUUUUUGGCCCAGGUGUUUCGGAACUUUCAAUUGCUGAUCGUGCAACAAUUGCAAAUAUGUGUCCAGAAUAUGGUGCAACAAUUGGUUAUUUUCCACCAGAUUCAACGGCAUUGAAUUAUCUGGAACAAACUGGUAGAGAUUCACAUGCAAUCAAAUAUAUUGAAUCAUAUUUAAAAGCAGUAAAAUUAUUUCGUAAUGAUUAUAAUAACCCCCGGGAAGAUCCAAACUAUACAAAAGUUUAUGAAUUAGAUCUUAGUACUAUAAAGAUAAGUUUAAGUGGACCAAAAAGACCACAAGAUCGUAUACCAUUAGAUGAAAUGAAAUUAGAUUUUGAACAAUGUUUAUUGGCUAAAGUUGGUUUUAAAGGUUUUGGUAUUGCACCUGAAGCAUUAAAUAAAUCAAUGCCAUUUAUGUUUGAAGGUAAAGAAUAUAUACUUUCACAUGGUUCGGUUGUUAUUUCGGCUAUUACUUCUUGUACGAAUACAAGUAAUCCAUCGGUAAUGUUGGGUGCUGGUUUAUUGGCUAAAAAAGCAGUGGAAAAAGGUCUGUCAGUCAAGCCAUACAUUAAAACAAGUAUGUCACCGGGUAGUGGUGUUGUUACUUAUUAUCUUCGUGAAUCCGGUGUUACACCUUAUUUGGAAAAACUUGGUUUCGAUAUUGUUGGUUAUGGUUGUAUGACUUGUAUUGGUAAUUCGGGUCCAUUACCACAAGAAGUUGUUGAAGCUAUUGAAAAAGGUGAUUUAGUUACUUGUGGUAUUCUAUCGGGUAAUCGAAAUUUUGAAGGUCGUGUACAUCCAAAUACCCGUGCUAAUUAUUUAGCAUCACCAUUAUUAGUUGUUGCAUAUGCAUUGGCUGGUAAUGUUCGUAUUGAUUUUGAUAAAGAACCAAUUGGUUUGGAUAGUACUGGUGCCGAAGUAUUUCUUCGUGAUAUAUGGCCAACACGUGAUGAAAUUCUUAAAGUACAACAACAAUCAGUUAUACCGGCUAUGUUUAAAGAAGUUUAUUCAAAAAUUAAAACCGGUAAUGAACGUUGGAAUAGUUUAAAUGCAAUUGAAUCAUUACUUUAUCAAUUUGAUUCGAAUUCAACAUAUAUAAAAAAACCACCAUAUUUUGAUGGUAUGACUAUUGAAUUACCGCCAAUAAAACCGAUAAAAAAUGCAAGAGUUUUACUUUUUCUGGGUGAUUCGGUUACUACUGAUCAUAUUUCACCGGCCGGUUCAAUUGCACGUAAUAGUCCAGCAGCUAAAUUUUUAAUGGAAAAAGGCAUACAACCAUCGCAAUUUAAUUCAUAUGGAUCAAGAAGAGGUAAUGAUGCUAUAAUGGUACGAGGAACUUUUGCCAAUAUUCGUUUGGUGAAUAAAUUUAUGCAGAAACCAGGGCCACAAACCGUUCAUCUACCAAGUGGACAAGAAUUGAGUAUAUUUGAUGCUGCACAACUUUAUCGUCAAGAAUCAACACCAUUAAUUAUUUUGACUGGAAAAGAUUAUGGUUGUGGUUCAAGUCGUGAUUGGGCUGCUAAAGGUCCUUGUUUGCUGGGUGUUCGUGCUAUUAUUGCUGAAAGUUAUGAACGAAUUCAUCGUAGUAAUUUAGUUGGUAUGGGUAUUAUGCCAUUGCAAUUUUUGGAUGGUCAAAAUGCUGAAUCACUUGGUUUGACUGGACGGGAAAUUUAUUCGAUCGAUAUUCCAACGGAAUUGGUACCUAGACAGAAAACAACUGUUCAUGCCGAUGAUAAAACUUUCGAAGUUAUUAUGCGAUUCGAUACUGAAGUUGAAUUGGAAUAUUUUAAACAUGGUGGUAUCCUACAAUAUAUGCUUCGACAAUUAUUAAAAAAAUCAUCCAAAUAAGUGAUGAAAUUUAAAUGUGCAAAUCAUGAGAAUUUUGAAAAAUUUUUUCUU